AAAUGCAAAUGAGCAGGUUAACAACCCCAGUGUUGCAAUGUUCUAGCCGUAAAUAUGUUUGGAUAACCCAGCAGAGCCAUUUAACCUUUGGGAACAGGGCAACUAGCGUAUGGCAGCAGGAAUCCAACCAGUGCCCUGAGUGCUGAGGCAGAGAGGAGGACAGAAAACGAGAGGCUGGAGAUUGUCAAAUUCAGUAUCCCAGUUGGCUCUUGAUUCUUGGUGAAACCAUCCCUCAGCUCCUAGAGGGAGACUGUUAGAUCAUGAAACUAAUUAUCAUCCUUUUCCUCUGCUCCAGGCUGCUACUAAGUUUAACCCAGGAAUCACAGUCCGAGGAAAUUGACUGCAAUGAUAAGGAUUUAUUUAAAGCUGUGGAUGCUGCUCUGAAGAAAUAUAACAGUCAAAACCAAAGUAACAACCAGUUCGUACUGUACCGCAUAACUGAAGCCACUAAGAUGGUUCGCUCUGACACAUUUUAUUCCUUCAAGUACGAAAUCAAGGAGGGGGAUUGUCCUGUUCAAAGUGGCAAAACCUGGCAGGACUGUGACUACAAGGAUGCUGCAGAAGCGGCCACUGGAGAAUGCACGGCAACCGUGGGGAAGAGGGCGAGUAUGAAAUUCUCUGUGGCUACCCAGACCUGCCAGAUUACUCCAGCCGAGGGCCCUGUGGUGACAGCCCAGUAUAACUGCCUCGGCUGUGUGCAUCCUAUAUCAACGCAGAGCCCAGACCUGGAGCCCAUUCUGAGACACGGCAUUCAGUACUUCAACAACAACACUCAACAUUCCUCCCUCUUCACGCUUAGUGAAGUAAAACGGGCCCAAAGACAGGUGGUGGCUGGAUGGAACUUUCUAAUUACCUACUCAAUUGUGCAAACGAAUUGUUCCAAAGAGAAUUUUCUGUUCUUAACUCCAGACUGCAAGUCCCUUUGGAAUGGUGAUACCGGUGAAUGUACAGAUGAUGCAUACAUCGAUACUCAGCUACGAAUUGCUUCCUUCUCACAGAAGUGUGACAUUUAUCCAGGGGAGGAUUUUGUACAACCACCUUCCAAGAUUUGCGUGGGCUGCCCCAGAGAUAUACCCACCAACAGCCCAGAGCUGGAGGAGACACUGACUCACACCAUCACAAAGCUUAAUGCGGAGAAUAACGCAACUUUCUAUUUCAAGAUUGACAAUGUGAAAAAAGCAAGAGUACAGGUGGUGGCUGGCAAGAAAUAUUUUAUUGACUUUGUGGCCAGGGAAACCACAUGUUCCAAGGAAAGUAAUGAAGAGUUGACCGAAAGCUGUGAGACCAAAAAACUUGGUCAAAGCCUAGAUUGCAAUGCUGAAGUUUAUGUGGUGCCCUGGGAGAAAAAAAUUUACCCUACUGUCAACUGUCAACCGCUGGGAAUGGUCUCAUUGAUGAAAAGGCCUCCAGGUUUUUCACCUUUCCGAUCAAUACAAGUAGGGGAAAUAAAAGAAGAAACAACUGUAAGUCCACCCUACACUUCCAUGGUACCUGCACAAGAUGAAGAGCAGGAGUCAGGAAAAGAACAAGGGCAUACUCAUAGACAUGACUGGGGCCAUGAAAAACAAAGAAAAUAUAAUCUCGGCCAUGGCCAUAAACGUGAACGUGACCAAGGGCAUGGGCAUCAAAGGGGACAUGGCCUCGGCCGGGGACACCAACAACAGCAUGGUCUUGGUCAUGGACAUAAGUUCAAACUUGAUGAUGAUCUUGAACACCAAGGGGGCCAUGUCCUUGACCAUGGACAUAAGCAUAAGCGUGGUCAUGGCCAUGGAAAACAUAAAAAUAAAGGCAAAAAGAAUGGAAAGCACAAUGGUUGGAAAACAGAGCAUUUGGCAAGCUCUUCUGAAGACAGUACCACACCUUCUGCACAGAUACAAGAGAAGACAGAAGGGCCAACACCCAUCCCUUCCCUAGCCCAGCCAGGUGUAGCAGAUACUUUUCCUGACUUUCAGGACUCUGAUCUCAUUGUAACUAUGAUGUCUGCUAUACCACCAACUCCCACAGAGAGUGAUGACGAUUGGAUCCCUGACAUCCUGAUAGACCCAAAUGGGCUUUCAUUUAACCCGAUAUCAGAUUUUCCAGACACAACCUCCCCCAAAUGUCCUGGACGCCCCUGGAAGUCAGUUAGUGAAAAUAACCCAACCACAAAAAUGAAAGAAUCUUAUGAUUUCAAUCUUGCUGAUGCCCUUUAUUAAUGUAUGCAGCUAUGGGUAUUUCUUUAAUACUUUAUUAAAGUAUCAAUAUCCCUCUCUCCAUUGUCCAAAUGAAAAUAUCCUGAUAUAAUGCACCAAAAACUGUGCAGCUUCAGAACAAUCUAAAGAGAAGUGGUGAGACUCUCGGUGGAGACACCAUCAGUCUCUGUGGACUGCAUAAAAUUGUGUGCCACAAUUCUGAAUCUUUUCUGAAUCUUCUCCCCAAGUUUUCUAAACUAGCACAGUAAGUGAACAAACUAAUGUGCCUUAUGGCCUGCUGCAGUUGGCUUCUCUGAUAACAAUUAUGUACCUUGCAACAUAUGUCAUGAAUUUUCAUACAAAGAUUCUUGACAUUCUUAAUAAACUGUGGCACCUGGUCUUUGAAUGUGUGUGAAAAUAAGGGAAAUCAAGAGAUUAAAUGGUGAACUUAUUAAUGGAAUAGAAAGAAGAAAAACUUCCAGAUGUCAAAGAGAAGUAACAAGGAAGAAAGACAGGUUGGCCAAAGGGAGGAAAGGGGGGACAUAAAUUAAUUGACUUUCUGUUCCCAAAAUGGGCUAGUUAUAUCAAAUAAGUACUCCCACUUCCCUUUCUGAGUGAGAGUGAUUCUCCCAAGUCAAUAACUUCUGUGUACUCAUUAACUACACUUUGCAACAGGCUUUCAUAGAGGAGUACUCUGUUUAUUUUUGCUGAACCUAGAUUGAGUAAUUCUUAGUUUACAGAAGCUCCGAGCUUAAUGAUAAGGAUGAAAAGCAGAGGGAGCAACACAGAAGCACGCUUGCUAAGAAACCUUUUUAAAUAAUUGACAAGGGAAUAUUAUGGAAUGUGAUGCAAAGUUUGUUCAGAAAUUUUAGGAGGAAAUUAUUCUCUAGUCUCAUUUUAUAAUCUUUUUGCUAUGACUUUGAAGACCAUUGACUUUUGAGAAAGAGAAUAAUAGGAUUAUCUUUCAUUGCCUUAUACUGCGAAGAAGGUAUAUGCUUUAUAACCAAUGUUGUCUUUUUGCCCAGAGAAACAAGAUAUGGCUUUAAAUAGCUACAAUCAUCUUUGGAUGUAUAUGUCACUGCUGCUUCAACUUUUUGGAUGCAUUUGAACCUCUGAGUUUGUCUUUCAUUUUAAAUAUUGUCUGUUCUUUUAAAUAAACAACCACAGAUGUCAGGA